AUGGACCCGUUGAGCAUCACCGCCAGCGUCGCUGGGCUCGCAACGCUCGCCUACCAGAUAAUCGGCUACUUAGGCACUGUCCGAUCAGGUGGAAAGGACCGGCUGAAUCUGUGUCGUGAGGUGACAUAUCUCUGGAUGUCGAUCACCUCGCUCCUCGAACAGCUCUCCUCCGAUGCGAUCAAAGACGACAAAAUCCCGGACUCGCUCCGCCCGCUCUUUGACCCUGAUGGGAUCAUCAAGGAGAUCAAGAUCCAGCUCGAGGAUCUGGAGCACACGAUCAAAUCCCGCAGUACGCAUGGGAAAAUCGCGCAGACCCUCGCGUGGCCGUUUACGCAAAAGGACGCCGAGAAGAUGAUUGACCGGAUCCAUCGCCUCAAGUCGACGUUGCAGGAUGGAAUCAAUCAGUCGACGCAUGCGCUCUCGCAAGAUAUCUACCGCGAUGGGCAGGGUAUCAAGAAGGUUAUUGAUGAGUCGAGGUUGAAAGAGCUGAUCGAAUGGAUCUCGCCGCUGAAUUUCAUCACCAAGCAGAGCAUGAUCUGGAACGAGCAUCAUAAAGGCACUUGCAAGUGGUUUCUGGAGCGCGAUGAUUUCCGCGAGUGGCGCGAGGGCAGCAAUACGAGAAUAUUUUGUCCGGGGAUUCCUGGCGCUGGCAAGACCUUCCUCUCGUCGAUCGUGUACAACGAGCUCGAGGCGCUGAGGGUGCGCGAUGAGGGCGGGCUCAAGGGCGCUGCCGUCGUCAUGCUCUACUGCAAAUGGGACGAUCCGCUGUCGCAGGAUAUAGACAAUCUUUUAGCGAGUGUUAUUAAGCAGUUCGUCCAGCGAUACGAUGUUGGCACAAGCGAUAUGAUGGAGCUGUUCACCAAGCACAGCAAGGAAGGAACAAGAUCCUCACGUGCACAGCUACAGUCGACACUUGAACUCCUCUACAGCCGGUUCACAAAAGUCUUCAUCAUCCUCGAUGGACUGGACGAGCUGAGAUCGGAGAAGGAGCAACUGCCGUUGCUCAUGAGCCUCGCCCCGAACGGCUCGCCUUACACGGUGAAUCUGAUGGUGACUUCGCGUCCAGUGCCGAAUAUUGUACGCCAUUUCCGGCAUUGGCCAUCGCUGGGAGGCAGCAUAAUCUGCGAUGGUUGUAACGCUGAGGGUCUCGCUGUGCAGUACCACUGCGCGGAUUGUGAGGAUUACGACCUCUGCCAGAGUUGCUAUAAAGCCGGUACGCGCUGCGGGUAUAAGGGACAUACGUACCACCUCGAGUUUAACGCUCGCACGAUUCCUAUUGCCGCCGUGGAGGAGGACCUGACAACGUACGUGCACUGGCGAACGAGCGCUUCCGAAACUUUGCAGCAAUUCUUGGAGAUCAAGGAAGGGUUGAUGGACGCAAUCCUAGACACAGUCGUGAAGAACAAUGAGGGAAUGUUUCUAUUGGCCAAGUUCAACAUGGACACGCUUGAGUCGACGCUCAGUAUAAAGCAACUCAUGGCGGCUCUCAAGACGCUGCCGCAGGAGCUCGAUGGGACGUACGAAGACGCCAUGCUCCGGAUCACUGAGCUGAAAGCGUCAACGAGGGAAACGGUCAUGCGCUUUCUGAGCUGGGUGGUCUUCGCCGAGCAGCCUCUCCAGGAGAAAGCAAUUGAGCAUGCGCUCGCAGUCAGCGAUGGCGAUGCGGACAUAGACGACGACAACAUCAUCCGCGCCAGGACUCUAGCCACCAAGUGUGCAGGCCUGGUACAACUCGACGAGUCGGACUGUCUACGGCUCGUUCACUACUCAGCAGAGAACUACUUCAGACAGCACCGUGAUCGGUGGUUCCCGGCAGGGAAUGUGACAAUCGCAUCCUCCUGCCUGACCUACCUGCAGUUCGACGUCUUCCGCUCCGGCGCCUGCUCUGGUCCGUCCGAGGACAUCGACUUUGAGAGCCGCCUGAGCAAAUAUCCCUUCCUCAGAUACGCGUCCAUUAACUGGGGGAAGCAUCUCCGCGUAGCGGCCGACGACCACCUCUCUGCUCGAGCACUGGCCCUUAUCACAGAUGCAGGCUGCUUAGCCACCAUUGCCCAAGCAUUAUGGUAUCUAGAGGAUCAGCAACAGUCCAACAGCUGGUCGUCGAAGAACGGCUCUGCCCUUCACCUAGCAACACACUUUGAUCUCGAUAUCCUGGUGAAAGACCUCCUCUCCCAGGGCUACGACCCGAAUAUGCGCGAUAUCAAUGGCGUCACGCCUCUUGCACUCGCCGUUCAACGAGAUUUGUUGGACAUAUUGAUCACUCUCACCAAUGCAGGCGCAUCGGUGAAUAUGCCCGACAACGGCGGCCGGUCCCCCCUUCACUGGGCCAUCUAUCAUAACUUGCCUGACGUCGUCAGAUUUCUGCUAGAUCAUAAGGAUAUUGACGUCAAUAUGCCCGCCGCGCGCUGGUCACACUACACGCCGCUUAUGCUAGCUUCCGCCUAUGGGUUUGACGACUAUGUGUCUAUGUUGCUAACCAAACCCAAAAUUGACGUGAACUACGCCAGCCCAGAGGGUGCGACAGCCCUGAUCCUCGCCGCGCGACAUGGAGGAACAGGAGCCGCCAGGCUCCUUCUUGCGAAUCAGGAGAUAAAGAUAAACUACGCCGACAGCAGCGGCUCGACUGCGCUAACUGUAGCGGCGGAAAAUGGUUACUAUGAUCUGGUCGAAGCCCUUCUUGACGCAGGAGCCGACACAGAGGUGCUGCAAGAAGGAAGCAACGGCACGGCGAUCAUGCGGGCCAUUGAUGAUGGGCGUACAUCCAUCGUACAGCUACUGGUAGACAGAGGCGCAAACGUCCAUCACAAGGACGUGUUUGACCGCGGCCUCUUACAUUCAGCGGCUGUAAACCGGCGAGCUGACAUAUUGCGGAUCUUGCUUAAGCAUGAUCCGACCCUCGACGUGAAUAUGCAAGAUGUACACGGCAAAACGACAUUACACGACAUCGCGCGCAUGGGGGAUCUUGAAACGGUCGAUGUGCUCCUUGAGGCUGGUGGUGAUCCGACCAUUAAAGAUAUCCACGGGCGCACGCCGAUCCUCGUCGCGCACGAGUCGCACCAUCCUGCUAUUCUGGAAAUGCUUCGCGCUGCGAGGCAGCGGAUGAAGGCAGAAGGGCAAAACUACAAACUUCAACGAACCCCCAGCGGUACAACAGUCGACAGCGAAGACUACGGCAUCAAACGCGCCGACACGGGCCUCUCCAUUCAUGGAACCCUCCCGCUCUGGUCUCUUGUGGUCUCCAAACAAUUCACUGAACUGAAAGAGCGUCUGCCGGAGUCCUCACCCGAGGAUAUCAAUCAGGUUGAGCCGGAUAUGGGCCAAGCAGCGCUACACUGGGCCGUUUCCGACAGCGAUGCCUCCAUCGUGAAGCUCCUGAUUGACUAUGGCGCAGACAUCAACCUUCGUAACCGUUACGGGCGGACGCCGCUCUCUCUUGCCGUUAUCGACGGUUUGUGGGACAAGGCACGACUCCUCUUAGAGGCCGGCGCAGAUCCCGAUAUCGAAGAUCAGUGGGGAUGGCCACCUCUCUGGAUGGCAGGACCGAGGCUUGGGAUUCUGCUUAUUGAGAAUGGGGCCAAAUUGCCGCCCCCACCUACGUUCACAGGCGGAGGAACAGACGAAGGUGAAAAUAUCGAGAAGGCUGCUGGGAAGGUGGAUCUGGAAAACUUCCUAAGAUGGGCGGCACAGUUCGGCUCGGAGACCGCGCUCCGCCGCCUCGUUCAGGCGGGAGCUGAUGUCUGGAGUAAGGACCCGAGCGGCAAAACGCCAUAUAUGAUCGCGAAAGAGUACGGGUAUGACGAGCUGGCAAACCUGCUGGUGCAGCUUGCGCCGAUGCCGCAGGUUGGCGCUGAUGGGCCCAGGCCGAAAACUGAUGAGCGUGCGGAGAAAACUGCCACGAGCGGUAUGCCGGAGGACAAAUCUGAGGAUGGAACUACAAAGGUUAAGACCGAUGACAUUGAGAAGCCAAAGAAGGAAGAAGACAGCGUUUUGCCGGAUAAGGGGAUGGCCCUUGAUGGGCUGGACUCUACUACCCUCGUACCGGCCUCUAAUGUUAACAAGACUAAGCCUGGCUAUUCUACCUUAUUGCUUGGCUCCGCGCAUGGACGCGACGGCGUUGGUGCGAUCGUGAUGACGAUAAUGCAUGAUGGGCGUCGGUUCGAUUGA